AGCCAAGCUGGUUUGAGACGGCAUGAGGCCGAUAUUUCCUGUGUGCAGGAUGUUCACAAAUAAUCGAUCGAGUGGAUUUUAAGAGCGAGUCUAAGCUAAUAAGAUACUUAAAUAACGGAGCAAAGCUCGAAGCAGGAGCACCACCUGGCACCAUGUCGCUAGAAAGCCCCAGCCAAGCCCCCAAUGCCAGCUGCAAGAUCAUGACCUUUCGGCCCACCAUGGAGGAGUUCCGCGACUUUGUCAAGUACAUCGCCUACAUUGAAACCCAAGGAGCCCAUCGUGCUGGCUUGGCCAAGGUGAUCCCACCAAAGGAGUGGAAGCCACGACAGUCCUAUGAAACGGUGGAGGAGAUGGUGAUCCCAGCUCCCAUCAUGCAGGUGGUGACAGGCCAGUCGGGCCUCUUCACGCAGUACAACAUCCAGAAGAAGUCGAUGACCGUGGGCGAGUACCGCAAACUGGCCAACAGCAAGAAGUACUGCACCCCUUGUCAUAAAGACUUCGAUGACCUGGAGCGGAAGUACUGGAAGAACCUGACAUUCGUGUCACCCAUUUACGGCGCUGACAUCAGUGGCUCCCUGUAUGACGAGAACAUCUCAGAGUGGAACAUCGGCCACCUGAACACCCUGCUGGACAUGGUGGAGCAGGAGUGCGGGAUCGUGAUCGAGGGCGUCAACACGCCCUACCUCUACUUCGGCAUGUGGAAGACCACCUUCGCCUGGCACACGGAGGACAUGGACCUCUACAGCAUUAACUACCUGCACUUCGGGGAGCCCAAGUCCUGGUACGCCGUCCCGCCAGAGCACGGCAAGCGACUGGAGAGACUGGCUCAAGGCUUCUUCCCAGGCAGUUCGCAAGGCUGUGAUGCUUUCCUUCGGCACAAGAUGACCCUGAUCUCCCCGUCUAUCCUGAAGAAGUACAGCAUCCCCUUCGAUAGGGUCACGCAGGAGGCGGGAGACUUCAUGAUCACCUUCCCCUAUGGCUACCACGCCGGCUUCAACCACGGCUUCAACUGCGCAGAGUCCACCAACUUCGCCACGCUGCGCUGGAUCGAUUACGGCAAGAUGGCCACACUGUGCUCCUGCCGCAGGGACAUGGUGAAGAUCUCCAUGGACGUAUUCGUGCGCCGCCUGCAACCAGAGCGCUACGAGCAGUGGAAGCAGGGCAAAGAGGUGACCGUGCUGGACCACCUGAAGCCCACCAUCGUCAGCAGCCCUGAGCUGGAGCUGUGGAGGGAGAAACGGGUCACGUAUCGGGACCGACUGCUGCAGAGGGCUCUGCAAAAGAAGAAGCACCUCCGGAGGCUGAGACCAGAGGAGCUGAAGGUGCUGAUGGAGGCGGGCGUUGAGCUGGACCUGCCGGAGUAUCAGCGACAGGUGGAAGAGAAGGAGGUGGAGAGGCGGAAGGAGAGGGAGGAGAAGAUGGCGCGAGAGGCCCUGAGGACGCUGGAGGCCCUCGAGAGGGAGGAGCAGAGGCAGGCGUUGGCCAUGGCUGCAGGAGAAGGUCUGGACGUUGAGACGGACCCGCAGCAGCUGGCAUCAACUGGUGAGAAGAAGAAGAGGAAGAAGAAGAAGAAGAAGAAGCUGGUGGAUGGAGGCGAAGAUUCAAGCAAGACGCUGGUGGUGUCAAUGGCUGCAGGAGGGCAUGAGGAUCUCAUCAUCCCCACUCUGUUCGUCACCACUAAGGCCAAGAUGGAUCCGGCGCCCAAGGGGAACCUGUCCUUCCAGGAGGCCUUCGAACAGUUCGCCACCUGCAGGAUGAGUGAGGGUCCGAGUGCCCAGGGCAGUGACACCGAGGUGCCAGCAGAGGGAAAGGCUGAGAAGAGUAAGCCGAUUGCCUCAUCCUACACGAAGAUGAAGAUGGGAAUGGAGGUGAAGAAGAGUCGUAGGCACCCCUUUGGGAAGCCUCCCAUGCGCUCUCCUCUGUCCAUCGUCAAGCAGGAGCCCUCCAGCGACGAAGAGCUGCAUUCACCCCUGCCAGUAGAGGGCGACACUGGUCAAGAGAUGAAGAAGGGCCUGUGGCCCCUGUGGCAGAACCACUUGCCUGACUUUGUGGCGGAGCGCCGGUACAACGCGGCUGUGGCAUCCCUGCACCCUUUCUGUGCCGUCUGCACGCUGUUUUCGCCCUACACACAACCCCAGAAGGAGCCUGCCCCCCCGGCCGGGGGCCCCACCAGCCCUGCUGUCAGCUGCACCCGUCCGCUCAUCCCCGAGAUGUGCUUCAGCUCGGGGGCCGAUAACACGGAACUGCUGCCAUCCAACUGCGACGUCGGGGAGGACGGCAGCAGCAUGCUACUCUCCUGCUCCACCUGCAGCCUGCGGGUGCAUACCAGCUGUUACGGGGUCCGGACCGACAAGGCGGAAGCAGACUGGACGUGUUCCCGGUGCGCAGCCGGAGCCUGGGGAGUGUGGUGCUUCACAGAGCCGUAAGCGUUAACCUUCUGCCGGGACUGGGAUACCCGUCUGGGAGUGAUGGUGAAUGCUGGUU